AUGGACGUGACACAGAUAGCCAACGGUGGAACAGUUCCUAUGCGAGACGCAGAUGCGAUCAAACUGUUCAUAGGGCAGGUCCCGAGAACGUGGGAUGCCAAAGAUCUCAGGCCCUAUUUCGAAAGCUAUGGACAAAUACACGAGCUCACGGUGUUACGAGACCGAAUAACUAAAAGUCAUAAAGGUAAUCUGGAUUUUGUAUAUUCCUCUUGAAAAUUUUUGAGCAAUUUCUCAUGUCUUUUGUGUUGUAGGUUGUGCAUUUCUAACAUUUUGCUCCCGCGAAGCUGCUUUGAGCGCUCAAAAGGACUUACACGAGAAGAAAACUUUACCCGGGGUAAGCUUCGUAAGUACAGAAUGUAGUUGUUGGUAAGGUUUUUGUCGGCAAAUACCCAUGGGGCCUGCAUUAGUAUCUAUAGCUAUUCUUCAUGAAUAUAAAUUUUUGUAGCGAUAAGCUGCAGAUCUAUUGCUUGAAAAAUAGACACUUGCCGACCUUCAAUGCAUCUGUUGCAACUUUAUUUGAUAUUUAAUAGUCUGUAACAUUUCCGCCUUCUCUGUUUGCCGUUGGUGUACUGUAGAAACCACGUUUCUUCGGUAAUUUUAUGAUUGAGUGUAUUAUUUGCAUGCAGAAGUUAAAUAUGAGCUAAGUUAUUAACGUGGUUCAAUCUGCUUGUAACUGAAGGGCAUUUUCAAAUGGAAGAAAUACUACAACUUGAUGCACUUUCUUAUCUUUAAGUAAUAUUAAUCCAUGGUACAAGGAGGUUAGACUGUUUUGUAACCUGUGAAAUAUCGUUGGCUUAAUUCUUGGCGCUUUCUCAGGUGUUACGUUGAUAAAAAAAAGUGAAUUCCUGAUUGAAAAGUUCUGAACGUGUGCAAGGGCACUUGACAUGGUCUGAUAAAUUUUUGUUUCGGUUUGAGGCCUGCUACAAAUUGGGGCUGAGCUCAAUUAAAUGUCAUGAGUGCUGUAAACAACUUUUAACUGUUAGUAAACCUUACGUUAGAAUUAAACAUUCAAUAGCUGCAGGUUUUCCUCUUUAAGAACGUUUUUGAUGAUUGUUUUAUUGAAAGUGACAAAUUCGGGUAGUACUUAAUGUUGAACUUAAAAAUUGUUGAUAUAAGUGGAUAAUUUACAUAAAAUUUUCAACAGCUUGUUAGAAGGAGUGAUGUAGUGGUUUGUUCUCCCUGAAAAAUCCAGUCUUAAGGUUUUUAAGUUUGUUGUUGGCAAUCAGUGUUCUUUCUGGUUCUUUCUUAAGUUGUGUUUUUUACUCAGGAGGUUCCGUUUGUGCAACAGGAAGAAAAGAUGUUUUGUCUAUUCUUUUGAUAAAUUAUGUUAAUUUUUGUGAGGUGUCUGUACCAGUUAAGAUUCUUGAAUGAUAGAAAUGCAUUUAAACUUAAUAUGGUUAAGGGGUUUGAGCAAAAAAUUAAUUUUGUAGUCUUUAUGAUGUUAACCACAGAGGAAUCAUGAUUUGUCACAAAAUCAAGUGAAAAGUCAUUUAGCCUGUGUCCACUUGCUUCAGGGAAGUUUCCAGAACUUUUAACAACCAAACUGUUGUCCACUAUGACAAUGUGACAGAGAUUGUUAAGAAUUUUAUUUUUCUAAUCCUCUAACUCCUGUGAGUGACCAAAACAGAAUUGUGAUAUCUAUACAAUAUCAAGCAGACAAGUUAUGAGAGUAAGGAAAAAUAUCAAUUAUUAGGGGACUAGAAGUUGAGAUUGUGAGAGUUGAAGGGUUAAAUUAAAUAAAUGUUACUUGUAUGGUGUUACCCUUGAAACCUUACUAAGUUAGGAUUCUUAGAGAAAACCUCAGAGUUCCUUAUAAUUAUUAUGUCUGUUCUUGCAAAUAAACUUUUGGUGUAGAUUGGAUAAUUUUGCCACAUUAAUACAAAAGGUUUCUUUUUCCAACAGAUGCAAAAUGCAAUGCAAGUUAAACCAGCAGAAAGUGAAUCUAGAUCUGGUAAGUUGGGUAAAGUUUCUGUGAGAGAUGAGCCAGGACUGGCUUCAUCUUGUACAGAAAAUACCUGAAAAUAUGUCUUUUCCUAUCUAAACUUAAUAUACUGUACACAUGUGAAUUGCUUUUACUCAUGAGCACUGAAGUGAAAGUUCUUAACCUUUUGACCCCUGACAGUGACUGGCAUCAAAUUUCUCCUUACAAUUAUUUUAUCACCCCUGAAUAAAAUCCUUGUCAAGAAAAUUAAGGAAUCGAUCACUAACUGAAGAAGCUCUUGAGUUUUAAGAAAAAUCUCAGUAUCAGCACCUUAGGAAAUGAAUAUAAAAAAUAUGAAGAUUAUGCACACAGAUGUUAGGUGGCUUACUUCCUGAUGCCUAUUAACACCUCAUCAGCUAAUUAGUGAUUGUAUAAAAGGACCUCUUGUUGCAGCAUUUAGAUCACCCCUGAUGAAGGCACUCAGCAGGAGUGUCAAAAUGUUGGGUCUAUGAAUUGUAACUUCUUCAGUUCCAGUCAUUAGAUCUGUAAACCAGAGUAGCAUCAAACCAUGUCUGAUUGUCCACCUGGUUGCCAUGUGAACUUUAAUAUAUUUUAGAUGUUAGGCUGUAAAGAGUUAAGAAUGAUAUAUUGUGGAAACAUUUUCCAUUUCCGGGAGUGAAUGUAAUCUUCUAGUUUUAAUGGAUCUAAACCUGUGAUCAGGUAGCUUAGAACAUUAAAAUGCAUUUUGAUCACAUUUGUAGAGUUAUGCCAUCAUAUAUUGUUAAUAAUUUAAACAUGACAAACAAAGUCAUAGUUUCUAUUAAAAUUGAACCCUUGAACUCCCAUGAGUGACAAAGACAGAAUUUAUCCUUACAAUGUCAAUACAAUUCCAAGCAGACAAGUAAUGAGAAUGAAGGAAAAUAUCUAUUAGUGGAUUAUUAGUUGAUCCAAUACCAAAUUCUCUAAACUAACAUGAUAAGAAUUGUAAGGGGACGGUAAGGAGAAGAACUAAUGAGACAUUGGAAGCUAUAGGGUUAAGGCUCUUUGAUUUGUCCUUACUUCUUUUUAGUUAUGGUGCUAUUUUUUUUCAUAUAAUGUCACAUUAGUUUCCAGACUUUUUUGGGAACUCUUUCACAGGGAUUCUUUGAUACCUAGUUUACUUUGAUUAGUUUAAAUCAAUUGAUGAACUACUCUGCAGAACAUGUGUUGAAACUAUUAAUCCUUUGCUGCUAAUAAGACUUUCUAACAUUUCUCUUUUCUUGUAGAGGAUCGUAAACUUUUUAUUGGUAUGAUAUCUAAAAAAGCCACAGAGGAUGACCUUCGAAUGAUGUUUUCUCCUUUUGGUACAAUAGAGGAACUGACAAUUUUAAGAGAUAGUGAUGGAAAGAGUAAAGGUGUGCUAUCUGUGUUCUAUGCUUUUCUUAGGAGGAGUAGUUAAAAAAACCUUUUCAGAAUCUUGAUCUCUAAAUUUAGUUAUUUGUGAGCUGAAACUGGAAUUGUUUCUCUAGGUUGUGCUUUCUUAAAGUUUCCAACCAGAAUGCAAGCUCAAAAUGCUAUUGCAGAGAUGCACAACAGUACUACUAUGGAGGUUUGUCAUUUGUAUCCUAUAGCAGUACUGAGAAUAAAUCAAUGUGUAUUCAGUGUGAAAGAUUUCUCUGUGCAGUCUCCAUUGCACCAAACCACUCAACAGUGUCAUCUUAAUCCUUUGACCCCUAACACUGACUAACCUGUAAAUUCUCCUAAGAGUAACACCCCCUGAAUUGCAUAUUGUAGUCAUGAGAAUAAUGGAAAUGAUCAAUGAUUCAAAUUCUCCUUGUCAGUAUCUUAGGAAAUGUAUAGAGAACAGUAAGGAGAAUAUGCGAAGGGUGUUGAGUGCCAUUUCUUCAGAUGUCCUUAUUUCAGACAUUGAUCCCCCUUAAUUAAUUAAAGUAGUUUCCUUUUGUUUUUAGGGUUGUCCAUCACCAAUAGUUGUUAAGUUUGCUGACACAGAAAAAGAAAAACUUCAGAAGAAAAUGCAGCAGAUGGUUGCACUUCAUGGUAUGGGCAUGAACCUUGGGAUGGGAAUUGGAAUGGGACUUCCUUAUUUCCAGCAUGCAAAUUAUAAUGCAGCAUGUCAGCAGGUGAGGAAGAACACCAAUUGAUAUAGAUAGAAGUCAACUGUAUUAACAGUUUUGGUCAGCUGCGAUACACAUUGAGGCUUCUGUUUAUAUCUUCACAUGUGAAGAUAUAUUGUUGUCAAGGUAAUUUUUCACCAAUGUGGUAGUUUUAAUUUUUUAUGAAGGGUUUUUUAAAAUAUGUAAACAUUACCUAAGUUGAAUUCAACUUUAAAGAGACAUUUUGUUUGUACUGAAAACUUAAUGAAGGAACAUCUUUCUAAAUGUUAACCUCAUUACAUUCUACUUUUUGCUCAGUCGUAAAUGUUAAACCCACAAGGGACUGCACUUUGUCAGAAAAUAUACACAACUGGAUUUAGUGUGUGAGGGGAAGUACAGGUGAUAAUUAUUGAUUGAAAAUGCCAUGGGUAUUUUAUUUGAAAUUAUGGACUGGGAAUUGACUUUUUUUCCAACAUGGUGAAGUAGUGAUGUUUAAUUAUUAUCAGUUUCUUCAACAGCAGGCUGCCACCUUACCAUCAGGGACACUACCAACUGGCUUCAAUGUCAUUCCUGGUGUCACUGGACCGGGUAAUUGUUAGAAUUAUGAAUAUUUCUUUCAAUAAUGUCUUGGUAACAUUGCUAUAUUAUUCAUGUUAAACUGUUGUUAUCAAUUUGCAGUUCUUUUGUUCGACUUUGCUUAGAUUAAAAGACAUUUUCCUUUUUGGUAAUGACCUUGGUUCUUGACUGUUGUAGGUGUGGCUCCUGGGACCAUGGGUGCCCUUGUAGCUGCCUCAGUCAUUGCUGCACAACAACAACAGCAUCAAGCAGUUCAACAGACAGCAACAUCACAAAAUAACAUAAUAGGAGGCACAGGAGGUUUAGUGAACAGUAAUGCUGUGUCUACAGGUGGUGCUACAAAUACCUCUUCAAUGAUAGGAGUACAAGGUGUUCCAGGAGUCACUGGCAUUGGUAAAUAUAGAUAAAAAUGAUAACAUUGACAAUACUUUAAUAAUAAUUAUAUUAAUAAUAAUAACAAUUAUACUACUGAUAAUAAUAAUAAUAAUAAUAAUAAUAAUAAUAAUAAUAAUAACAAAUGCUUGUAUAACACCUAUCCAAUUCAUGCUAGGUGAUUUACAAAAUUAAGGAACAAAAAGAAACUAAAUCAAUAUUUUAAAAAAAUUGAAGUUGCUAUGAAAAAAACCUUUUUCAUAUAAUAGGUCUUCAGCUUAGAUUUAAGAGUGUCUAAAUUGUCACAUGAGCGGAUGUCUUCAAGCAAAGUAUUCCAGAGUUAGGGGGCAGAAUAAUCUAAGGCUUGAGACCUGUAGGACUUCAGAUUAUUGUUAACAGCAUUUAGAUGUGCAGUUGUUUAUACCUGUAGUGAAUACUGCAUUAAUACUCUAAGUCCUUGAAAAUGCACUUGUUGUAGUCAUAGGGGAGUCUCUUAGUUGGUUCAAAAGGUGACAGAUUCCAGUUGACAUUAUGGUGUGAAGAAGACUAAUAGUUUGGAGUUGAAAUGUUGUAAUCAACAUGUAAAGUGACUACAUUUUGAGACAAAUAAACACAAGUCAAUGCAAAAAAUUUCAUUUCAUCAUUCAUUUUAGGUAUGAACAUGCCUGGAAUGGGUGUAGGAAAUCUUGGUACUAUGGGAGCUGCUGGUGCUCUCAGUAUGGCUGGGAUUCCUGGCCUUGGUAACAUGACUGGUGUCUCAAGUGUUGGUGGUAACAUUCAGACUGGAGAUGCACUCACUCAGGCAUACUCUGGAAUACAACAGUAUAAUGGUAAGUAAGCAUAGAGCAUUUGCUCACUUUUAGCGGAACCCCACAAUGUAAACCUUGCUCUUCUACCAGCAUGGUUUUGAGUUUCAUGGUUUGACUGAACUUGACCUCCAAUAUAGCAAAUAUAUAUGGCGAAUCUUACUCUAAAACUAGUAAACAACUUCUGCACAUGGUCGCUAAAGAAAUUGUUUCAGAGUUCACAGUCAUGUGACAUGAGAUUACUCCUUUCAAAUGUGCAGUAAUGAAACAACCUUCCUUUACAGCAAGAGGUGACAAGUUUAAAGAUAAGAGAUUUAAGUGAUAAUUGUAAGUUUGAAGUUUUUUGGACCAGACUGUGCCCAACACUCAGUAGUUUUACCACUAGCUUAAAAUCUCAAUUGAUGUAGUUGGUCACAUACAAAAACUGAAGAUUGUGCUUAGUUAUGUGUAAUCUUUUUUUCCUGCAGCACAAUUUCCUGGUGUUUAUGGUCAAACUAUAUUCCAACAGCAACAACUCCAAAGACAACCCCAAAAGGAAGGUAUGCACAAUUUCCUAUGAGUUACUGUGUAUUUACACUAAAGUAUAGUCAAUGGGACUAUUGGUUGCCUGUUACAUUUCACAUGCCAAUUACUUCUCUGCUAACUGUUCAUUGUUUGCUGUUACUUAGGUCCUGAGGGAGCAAAUUUAUUUAUUUAUCACUUGCCUCAAGAGUUUACUGAUGCUGACCUCAUGCAGACAUUUAUGCCAUUUGGCAAUGUAUUAAGUGCUAAAGUGUUUAUAGAUAAAAGCACAAACCUAAGCAAAUGCUUUGGUAAGUUUUUGUACUUGCAAUUAGGAAUAAAGUUUUGCAUGUGGUGCAUUGCAUUUUGUUGAACAUUUGAUCAACCAAUUUGGCAUAGCAAGAGAUAACUGUCUCAAAGUGCUUCUAAGGGGGAGUUUAAAAAUUUUUGCCUCUUUCAAAAGUUCUUCUUCUUACUUAAGUCACCAUUACAAAUCCUCAAGUUCUACAGGUAAGUAAUAUCUAGUUUAGAAAGGUUGAAAUUUUGCUUUCUAAUGGCAUGUUGUGUGACAUGGCAUCAGUAAUAAAAAUAGUAGUUUAAAGAUUUUAGUUAUUCUGUCAACUCGUUUGAAUAGUAAAAUAUCACAAACAAAUAAUUUCAGCUCUGAGCACAAGUUUAUGUAAACACUAUGAGAAAGGGAUUGGCAUCUUUGAAUUGUGAACAAUCUUACAAGUUACAUUUUGUGUUUCUUGGCACAGAGUACUUUAACUAACAUGUGUUUCUUUUAAGAGGGUAUUUUGAGAUAGAUGUGUGUUAAUGGUUCUUUUUGUUCUACUGGUUUUCCUUCUCCUUCUACCUGAGGUCAAAAUAUGCUUCCAAGUUGAACAAAACUAGGAAAUGAAGCUUUGCACGUGAUAAUUACUCUCAGUAGUUAGAUCUCUCCAAUUCUACCCAUUCACUUGGCCCACUAGGCCAUCAUUACACUAGCCAUGCAAACUGGCACUAAUGAGACAACAUUUCUCAAUAGUUGUGCCUUGUUGUAAGCAGAUAUUUGCUCUUUCUUUAUUGCAGGCUUUGUCAGUUAUGAUAACCCAGUCUCUGCUCAGAAUGCCAUUACAUCCAUGAAUGGUUUUCAGAUAGGGACAAAGAGACUCAAAGUUCAGCUUAAAAGACCAAAAGAUGCAAAUAGACCCUACUAACCCCUGGUGAGUAAACUAUGUUUAUUAUCAUCUAAUGCCAUUUGUGCAAGCCUUGAGUGCCAUAGUUUACUGACUAAAAAAAUCACAUUUUCAUUCUUAUGUCAUCCAGGCAGCUUUUAAAUUUUACUUUGUGCUACCAAGACAUCACUCAGAGGUCUGCCUCCAGUUUCAGGCAAAGUGCGUCUGUGUCAAGUUUUCAUUCCCUUCCUCUCAUUACACAUCAUUACUUUCAUAACUCAUGCAAACCUUUUAAUACUCAGUUGUUGCUAAAACAUGGGAGGACUGCCCUCAUUGGAACACUUAUGCUCAUGACCAUUCCUUCAGCCUUAACUUGCAGAAUUCUUGACUGUGCACUAGUAUGGGGAGUUUUCCAUUGAAUCUUGUUAAUCUGGAGAUAGGAAAAAUAUUGUUAGUUCCUUGUUAAUCUUACCUUCUGCGAAAUGAAAGAUUUCGUGCCCUUGAUAUGACUGACUAUGAACAAAACAUAAGCCCUGGAAAUAGAUUUAGAGACUUAAACGUAUAAAGAAUUAUAAAUGGCUAUUUAAGACAACUUUUUCAGUGAAAGAAGGUGAUGUAGAUAUAAACAAAACCCAAUUGUCACAAGGGGUAGGGAGAUGUGUCCUUUUGUAUUGUUAGAAUUCAGGUUUCAUGGGGGAAGCCACUUAAGUGCACAAAGCAUCAAUAAUGUCUUUAGCUGUUAGUUGUAAUCGUGGAGGAAUCCACCUGUUAGGAAAGAGUGCAGAGGUUAUGGCAGCAGGAUAAAGAAACGGUCUGUGUCUAUUGGACGCACCGUGGAACACAUAUGAAUUCUUCCUUUGUGGGUGUUUAUUUUGGUUGGAACUCAUUGAAAAAUGGGUUCUAUUACUGCUGUAUAAACACGUGCCAAAGAGCAGGGUCGCUUACUGUUCUUUGACCAGUGUAACCAGUAUGACUGAGUUUGGUUUGUAUCCCAGAAGCCUGAAGUUUCCGCUAACGUGCAAUGAAAAAAUUCGGCGCAGGAUUUCUUGGAUUUCUAGAUGAAUGGUGAGAGUUAUGACUGGCGAAUUACUGACAAUUAGAGCUCAUUUCUGGCAGAAAUAUUGAUGAGGACAGACUGUCGUAGAGUGUGCUGUGGUGGUAGUAAUCAUAGUCAAGUGCUUGUAGUAAAUGUGUGUCAUCGUGCAGCGCUUCUAACACGUUCCCUUGUCUUUGCCUCGCCUAGAUCACGUGACUGUGUACGUUUGUUCUUCGUCUUGGCGGUGACCUUUGCGCAUGUGCUUUUUGUGUACCACAGUUGGUGACGUCACUUGUGACGUUUAUAUAUCGUCACUGUUGGUGUUGGGAUUCAGUAAUACGUCACUGUGAAGCAGUUAAACGUCGUUGUUGAAUACGUAAAAUCGGUGCAUGUUAGUUAAGCGGUUUUGUUAACUAGUUUCCAGUCCAGUUGUGGCGUUAUUUGUCAUGUGACUUUUCAUAUUUUGUCAGGCGAGCUCACUGUUUACUAUUUAUAGAGCGCGUUUCGUGUUAAUGGUUAAUGUUAUCGUCCAACUAUGGGCUCUAGUGUGUUAUCAGUGGUUGUGCAGGUUUUAUAAAAGCCUUGUAUUGUCAGUGAGGUAUAGAUGGCGUUUGUACGAGCCAGACUUUUAAAUAAUAAAAGAAAUUCACC